GUUUAUGGUUUAUUUGUAAUAAUAAAAAAACUACAAGGUCCCAAAAGAAAAUAAUAAUCACCGAACAAGUCCCUCCCAUCAUCCCAUAUUCCACAUGGACUCUUUGAAAUCCAAGGUUUUGCCAUUUGACCACAGAUUUGUGUUAUUUUCAAACACAAAAUCAACCAAUUCCGAUGAAUCAGAAACCUCCGCCGUACGGUUAUGGCGGCGCUGGUGGUGGAGGAGUCGGUCCUUCUUCCACUUCCAACACCACAAUCAUCGGGACGUUGAGUGCACGCGCCAAGCAGACGACGCAAUCGAUGAUCACGACGCUCCGUCCAUGGCGAGAGAUUCUCGAUCUGUCCGCGCUCUCUCUCCCUCGCGGGUAUGAUGAAGCCAUGGCGCAUCUAAAGCACAACAUCUCUUAUUUCCGUGGAAAUUACGCUCUCGCCGUUCUCGCCAUUGUUUUCCUCGGCCUUAUUUACCAUCCGAUGUCUAUGAUCGCUUUCAUCGUCGUCUUCAUCGGAUGGAUUCUUCUCUAUUUCUCUCGAGACGCAAACGAUUCGAUUGUGAUUUCGGGGAAAGAAGUAGAUGACAAGAUCGUGCUGGUUUUACUCAGCUUGGUAACGGUUUUGGCAUUGGUAUAUACAGAUGUGGGCGAAAACGUUCUGGUUUCGCUGAUCAUUGGUUUGCUCAUCGUCGGAGCUCACGGCGCUUUUCGUAAUACCGAUGAUUUGUUUCUUGAUGAAGAAAGUGCUCGCCGUGGUGGCCUGGUGUCUGCCGGUUCUGGUAACCGGCCACCGUCGAGUUAUACCCCAAUUUGAGUAAACCGGUUUGGAGAAUUACUCGUAAUUUCUUGGGUUUUUGAUUGAAGAAGCUAAGGGAAUCAAUUUAGGGCUUUGUAUUUUGGAUUUCCCAAAGAUUCUUGUAUUUAUAUUUUGGCGUGUGUGUUUCAUUUUGUUUGAAUGUAUACAAAUUCUGGGAAAAAACAAAUUGGUGUUAUGGUAUUUUAUAGAAUUGCCAAAAACAUAAUUUCC